AUGUCAAGAUCCCUUGACCGAAGAGACACUGGGCCGACCUCAAAGGUUUCUGGCAAACACCUUAUCAAGUUUGAAGAUUUCAUGCGAGAAUUCCGAGCGUGGUUGUCGCAAUGUUGUCAAACUUGGCUCACUCGACAAACACGUAGCAACUUGUGGUUUCACAGUCCAGUGCCAUGUUCCAACGAUCAAUGUGAGGAAAUAAUAAGUCGACGUGAUAAAGAAAUUCAUGAAAAUAAAGUUUGUGAUUUUCGACGAGUCAACUGUGAUUACUGCGGCCAAAUAGUACUGUAUAAGAACUUUAUGCAGCAUACAUGCCCAGCACGGAAAGAAAUUCGUGAAAUGAAAGCCACCAUGGCUGAUAUGCAACGUCAAAUGAACAAACUUUGUGCCUCCCAAGAGGAAGGGUUUAAAGUGAUGCAAAAUAUGAUGUCAAAUCUUGUGAGAAUUGAAAGAAAAAUGCCACAACGUUCGGAAGCCAGUCAUGCAAGAAGUGAUCAGGAGUUGCAAGCCGAGAUUGUCGUUGCAGGAGGGCUUUGUUGUAAAUCUGUCGAAGUGUUCAACGUGGCAAACAAAACAUGGCGGCCACUGUCAGAGAUGAAUGAAUGUAGAGGUGGAGCAAGUUCAGUUAUAUAUCAAGAUCACAUAAUUGUGACUGGUGGGUAUUUUAACCGGCAAUACCUGGACAGUGUUCAAGAAUUAAAUCUCUCGCAGCAAGAUGGACAUUGGGUUAAAUCUCAAUUUAAAUUACCAAUGCUUUCUGCUUAUCACGCAUGUGUUGUAUUACACAAUCGCCUCCUUGUUAUAGGAGGAGAGGUUGACGGCAGUGUCUAUGAUAAAAUACAUGAAAUCCAGCUCACCCCUCCCUAUACAUCAAAGUUGCUCACCAAGAUGCCACGGCCAAUAUGUCACCAUGGUGCUGAGAUAGUGAAUGACAAGGUCUACAUUAUUGGUGGCAGGACGGCAUGUUAUAAUAAAGACGCAACAGACACUGUCCUCAUGUUUGACCCAGCAACCAAUACUUGUACAGAGCUCAUGAAACUUCCGUACCCUGUAUUCGCGAUGGCAACAGUAACGUGGAAAGACAAUGUAGUCGUCCUUGGCGGUGAGGACGAGAAAGCAAACGUUCUCAAUUCAGUCAUACUGUAUAAUGUUACUACAGGAAGUCACCGGAUGCUGCCGGAGAUGACAAAGAAGCGAUGUUAUUGCACAGCAGUGAUCAUUGGUGAUAAUAUUGUCACAAUGGGAG